UAUACCCUUUAUAGCGUAUGUGACAAUAGCACUGUUUAAAGAUGGUGGUGAAAGUGUAUGGUCCUGUAAUGGCGGCUUGUCCACAGAGGGUGAUGGUUUGCCUUGUAGAGAUGGGAGUUGAUUUUGAGCUCAUCCAUGUCGACCUUGAAUCUGGAGAACACAAGCGGCCGGAGUUCCUACUCCGACAGCCCUUUGGACAAGUUCCUGCCAUUGAGGAUGGCGAGUUCAGGCUUUUUGAGUCUAGGGCGAUCAUUAGGUAUUAUGCAGCAAAGUACGCAAGCAAUGGUCCUAACCUACUAGGAACUACUCUAGAGGAGAGAGCUCUAGUUGAUCAAUGGCUAGAAGUCGAAGCACACAAUUUCAACGACUUAGUUUACGCGGUGGUGCUUCAACUGGUGGUCCUCCCACGAAUGGGGGAGAAUAGCAACAUGGCAGUGGUUCAUAACUGUCAGAAAAAGCUUGAGAAAGUACUCGACGUGUACGAGCAGAGGUUGUCGAAGAGCAGCUACCUUGCCGGAGAUUCUUUCACUCUUGCUGAUCUAAGUCACCUUCCGGGCAUUAGGUAUGUUAUGAAUGAAGCUGGACUUGGACAUUUAGUGACAGAGAGGAAGAAUGUGAACUCUUGGUGGAUUAAUAUUUCAAACAGGCCUUCUUGGAAGAAAGUAAUGAAGUUGAUGGAUUAGCCCCACUUGGAAUUGUCGAUUGGGAUCUUGUGUUAUUUUUGGAAUGUCAGGGAAAUUCCGUGUCAUUUCACCAAAACCUAGGGGGUCCGAAUGAUAUUUACACUCUACUAUUUUGUGUAGUAUGUCAACCUUAAUUACCUGCUUGGUUGAGGUGAAUUAUGUCUACUAAUCAAUUAUGGCAAUUUGUGUAAUAAACAAGAAUUAUUGUAUUCUUGUGUUAAGGACUAUAUAUAUGUAUUAGAGAUAAUUCGUGCUUGAAAUCACGAUGCAAUAUUGUGAAUGAUUUUGAGAGGAAUGUUAGUGGUCAUUGAAUGAAUUUAUUUAAGACCGUCAAAUAAACUUAUUGAAACCUG